AUGAGCUCACGAACCCUCUCCCCUCCCGACGAGCCGGGCAGUAGCUCACAGUCCACCCUCCAACCAACCUCAUCGGAAAUCCGCAUACAAACCCCCGAAGCACCUGCAAGUCUCGAUGACCUCCUCAAAUCCUCUCACAACCCUGCCCUCUCCCACCUCAUCCAGCCAAGCUCCACACUCAAAGGUGCUUCCCCGCACGACCAACGUCGUCGCAAUGGCUUUCAUCUCUGGCAAACUGAAUCGGAAGAUGCUCGCAAUGCACGGCUACGAGAAGUCGUUCAGGCAGCAGAAGCACAGGCCAACUCUCCACGCACAUUCACGGAUGGUAUACGGGAUGAGGUUAGGAGUGCGACGAACUGGAUUGGCUCACGACAGAUCUUUAGUCUCUACCGACGGGUUAGGUUGCCUGAAGGCGAAGAGGGAUUGAAUGGAGAUGCAUUUGCUGCUCUGCACCAGCCGAGGUUGAGCAGGUUAGGGUUGAUCAUUCUAACGCUGAGCUUGGCGGGUGCACAGCUGGCAUGGACACUGGAACUUGCUUAUGGUACUCCAUAUCUUCUUUCGCUUGGGCUUAGCGAACAAAGUACAAGCUUGGUCUGGUUGGCGGGGCCAUUGAGUGGGUUGAUAGCUCAACCUGUGGUGGGGUCGCUUUCGGAUCAUUCGACUUCGAGUUUUCGAAGGAGGAAGUAUAUGAUCAUUUCCGCUGCGCUUCUCACAAUCUCCACCCUUACGCUUGCUUACUCUGUACCCAUCUCCACAGUACUUGUCGACUUAUAUGGCGGCGGGCUAGCGAAUUGGGACCCACACAGGCACCAACUCGUACACUCCACCACGCAAGCUAUUUCGGUGCUCGCAUUCUGGAUUCUCGAUUUCGCGCUGAAUGGUCUCCAGGCCGCGUCCAGGGCGCUGAUCCUGGAUACAGCCCCCAGCGAGCAGCAAACGAUUGCAAACGCUUGGCAAGGGAGAAUGACUCACGCAGGUAACGUCGUCGGGUAUUUCUGUGGUUGGGUAGAUCUAGCCUCUUGGAAAGGAUUAAGGUGGUUAGGUGGAGGACAGUUCAGACGGUUCGCGAUGAUUAGUUUGUUGGCGAUGAUCAGCUGUGUUAGUGUUACUAUUUCUGCUAUAGCUGAAACUCCGGCAGAUGCAAGGUUUUCAAUAGGGGGGCGGGAGAGAAGAGGGUGGGAGGGGGAAGUGUGGGGAACAGUCAAAGAGACAGGGCGAGAUGUUUGGCAUGCGAUUAAAAGGCUACCGAGAUCGGUUAGGAGGAUUUGCUUGGUUCAGUUGUUUGCAUUUAUGGGUUGGUUUCCGUUUUUGUUUUAUAGUACGACGUAUGUUUUACGCAUUGCGGAGUAUGAGAAGGAUUUGAAGCGACAGAGGAGACAUCGCGAUGAUGCAUUUUCCUUUGCAGCGCUCUACAGGGAAGGGGGGGAAGGGAGUGGGGAUGAUGGAGGACAUGGAAGUUCGGAUAGAGAUGCAGAAAGAGGUUCCUUUGCGAUGUUGAUGUUUGCUGUUGUUUCUCUCAUCUCUGCUGCUCUACUUCCCUACCUUGCUCUUGCGGGGGAGAAAAGCCGCGACAUCCGCAAACCCUCUCCAACCUCGCCCUCCUCCACCGAAGAGGAGGACCCUCUAACACCUCCCAUCCUAUUCGACACCGAAUCGCACCCACACUCUUCCCGUCAACACGAUCCGGAAUACUCGGAGAAACUCUCCCGAGCAAAACGCAUCGCUCGAGGCCUCACUCAAGGUUUAACCCUCCGCACAUUCUGGACUUUGGCUUCGAUUGCAUUUGCAGCCUUGAUGCUGGUUGGUACAGCCUGGGCUUCUACGGUGUACGAAGCGACGGUUGUGAUUGCGUUGGUUGGUGUUCCCUGGAGUAUUGCAGCGUGGGUACCUUUUGCGAUGGUAGGAGAGUUUGUAAGGGAGGCAGAGGAUGGAACGAGUCCGUUUGAGUUUGAGGAUGAUCAUUGGUCUCCUGAGCGAAUCAGGGCUAGGGCGGUGGAGGAAGGGUGGAGGAGAGGGAGGCAGAGUGUGAGAGGGAGCGUUAGUAGGGUUGAUGUUGAUGAAGAUGAGCACCUGGGAGGAGGGGUGGUGAAUAGUAAUGGGGAGACGAUUACUUCGCCGAAUGAGUCUGCGUUUGAUCCAGCGGUGGGUAGGAGGGGGUUCAAGUAUAUCGAUGCUCCACAGCAGAGGGGGAUGAGUGGUCAGUAUAGGUCGACGAGUGGGAAAGGGGAACAGGUGGCAAGGGAGAGGAUCAGGGCGAGUCUUGCUGAUUGCGCUCCUCUCCCACGUGCGCUUACGAGGACUGAUAGUGAUGAUGCGGACUCGAUCAAUGGGUUACGCCACUCUGAUUUACACUCGGCUCACCACGCACACGACAAUCAAGGAACAGGAGGAGCAGGAACCAUCUUGGGCAUUCACAACCUUGCCAUCGUUGCACCUCAGUUCAUUGUUGCGAUCAUUGCUUCGCUCAUUUUCAGUGCCGUUCAUUCUUCGCAUAACGGGAUCCAUCUCGUGCUUGGCAACCCUAUUGCUGGGUUGAAGACGGUAGGUGUUGGAACAACAGCCUUCGCUCUUGCGCGAGAUGAAGGAAGAGAAGGGCGUGGAGGGUUGAGUGGUCACCCAGCAGAAGGAACAAUCUGGGUUCUUAGGUUUGGAGGAGCAAUGGCAUUGUUCGCUGCCCUGGCGACUAGGUUCGUUCCUUUGACGCUUAGUGAGCGCAGGCGGAGGUAUGCUGGUCAUGAGCGCAGAGAGGAUGAUGAGGAGGCGAUUGAGGACGAAACUGUGGUUGAUUAG